CAGAACGGAGCAGGAGCUCUGAACUGUUCUUACCUGAUCCGUGGCGGAGGGGCGGACGGAGGAGGAAGGAAGCUCAGAAAAGGAGAGGGAGUGAGAGAACGAAGCUCAAGGGAGGGGAAAAGAAAGCAGGCAGGGCAUCCUUAGGGAGGGACGAGGGAGGGGACCAGCUGGGGAAACUGAAAAAGAGGGAACGAGGGAGGGAAGGAGUAAGGAGACAGAGGUCCUUCGGGAAGUGGCUCCGAGGAGAAGAGGGCCUGCAGGCAUCCGAUGCCAAGCAUUACCGAGGGCAGCUGAGCGGGUACAACCAAGCAGAGCAGCUUUUGUGGUCUCCUCCCGACUCUCAAGAUGAUGAAAAGACAGUUCAAUCGAAUGCGCCAGCAGCUGUCCCAUCCCAGUGCCACCACCAGAGCCCAAGAAGCAACUGAGCUCCUGUCAGAAGAUUUGCUGCAGAUUGAGCAGAGGAUUGAGCCGGCCAAGCGAGCAGCUCACAGUGUGUCCAAGAGGCUCCAAGCCUGCCUGCAGGGACAGUGUGGCUCUGAGAUGGACAAGCGAGUGAAGAAGCUGCCCUUGAUGGCUCUGUCCAUGGCGAUGGCUGAGAGCUUCAAGGAACUGGACACAGAGUCCAGCCUUGGGAAAGCCCUGGAGAUGGGUUGCUGCAUACAGAGCUCACUGGCCAAAAUCGUGGCUGAGUUCGAGAUUGACCUGGAGCACUACGUCCUGCAGCCACUCAACAAGCUCAGUGAGGAGGAGCUCCCCAUUAUCCUGAAGCGCAAGAAGACCCUCCAGAAGUUGAUUUCUGACUGGAACACAAUCAAGAGCCGGCUGAACCAAGCUGCCAAGAGUUCCAGUAACAGCACUGGGGCUGGUGCUGGCCCAGGGGCAUCUUCUGCUGCCACCAAACUGGAGAUCUUGAAGGAAGAAGAGGAGGAGGUGAAGAGGAAGGUGGAGCAGUGCAAGGAUGAGUACAUGGCUGACCUCUACCACUUCUCCACCAAAGAGGACAUCUAUGCCAGCUACUUCAUCAAACUCUUGGAAAUCCAAGCCCAGUACCACCGGCAGUCACUGGAAUCUCUGGACUCAGCUCUAGCAGAGCUGAGGGAAAGCCACAGACAGACAGAGCCUUCCUUCACAACAGACACCCCAGUGGCAGGGUACUACGGUGUGUCCCUAGAGACACACCUCAAGAGCUUGGGCCGGGAGAUUGCGCUUCCCAUCGAAGCUUGUGUCAUGAUGCUGUUGGCUUCCGGCAUGAAGGAGGAGGGACUCUUCCGGCUGGCAGCAGGCGCCUCAGUGCUGAGGAAGCUGAAGAGCAGCUUGGCCAGCGGCUCCAAUGCCCUGGAGGAGUUUUACUCAGACCCCCACGCUGUGGCUGGUGCACUGAAAUCCUACCUGCGGGAGCUGCCCCAGCCUUUGAUGACCUUCGAACUCUAUGACGAAUGGGUCAAAGCAGCCAGCCUAAAGGACAUUGACAGCCGCCUGCAGAGCCUGCGAGACACCUGCAGCCGCCUGCCCCAGGACAGCUACAACAAUCUCAGGUAUCUGAUCAAGUUUUUAGCCAAGCUGGCUGAACACCAGGAGGUGAAUAAAAUGACCCCCAGCAACAUUGCCAUUGUGCUGGGCCCAAACCUGCUGUGGUCGCAGCAGAGCAGAGGAGACCCCAUGCAACUGGACUUGGCCUCGGUCUCCUCCAUCCAGGUUGUGGUGGAAGCCCUCAUCCAGAAUGUGGACACUCUCUUCCCUGGAGAGGUAGACUUCAAUGUCUCGGGCAUGUUCAUGCCACCCACAAACACCGGACUUUCCAAGGCUGUCCCAGAGGAAGAGCCAACUCCUGCAACCCCUCCAGCCAGCACCCCCACCCUUUUGGAUGGAGAGGCCACCUCCAGAGACCCUGAGGCCAGGUCCCAGCCCACAUCCCCAGGACUGCCCAGGCCAUCUCCUGAAGCAGCAGGGCCACCAGCUCCAGUGAUGACUGACAACGCCACCCGCAAAGGCAAACGCCCAGCUCCGGCCCGGCCCGCAGUGCCCCCGCCGCCCGUGGCGCAGCCCCGGGGCGCGGCCCCUGCCCGGGCCGCCAGCCCCAAGGCUCUGCCGCGCCGCACCGCGCCCGGCCGCGCCCCCGCCGUGCCGCCGCCGCUCCCGCCGCAGCCGGCGCCCCGCCACAGCCGAGACGAUGCCCCACCGGCCCGCAGGCCUUCCUCUGCUGAGGCUGACACGGCGGCUGCCGGGGACUGUGUGCCAGGAACCACAGAGGAGGGGCAGCCACUGCCUGCAGGAGGAAGCCCCCUGGCCACAUCGGCCCCAGAAGGACAGCCCACAGAGAACUGAACAGGGUGAGAGGCAUGGAGGAAUCACAGGUUGGGGAGAUGGGAUCUGGCACCUCUCUGGGACCCAGCAGACGCUGUGGAAAUGCCAGAGUGGCCUGAGGGAUAGCGUCUCUUGGUGUUCCACCUUGUUCCCUUGGCUCACACCACCUGGCAUGCUUUGCCUGCCUUGUCUCGCUCCCCCGUCUCAUUUUCCACCUCCCCACACUACCAUGUCCCUACCAGAGCCCAGCCACCAGAUCCCUGCCCUGAUCCCCCACUGCAGGCUCAGACACUGCUUGCAGCUCUGGGACAGCUUGGCCCCAUGGGGCCAUUCACGGAUGCUCAGCCAUGAUCCCAGCCCCGUUUUGCCUUAAAAUGCAUUGCCCCAGGAACACACAGAUGGAUAUAUAUAAAUACAGAUGUAUAGAGAUAUAUAUAGAUAUAUACACAUAGAUAUAUCUAUACAGAUACCUAUAUUUGGAGUGCAUGUUCUGUUAGGCUGAGGGAGCUGGGGUUGUUCAGCCUGUAGAAAAGGAGGCUCAGGGGUGCCCUGAUCACUCUCUACAGCCCCCUGAAAGGAGGCCAUUGCCACGUGGAGCUCGACCUCUUGUCCCAGGCAGCAAGAGCACAUAGUCACAAGCUGCACCAGGGGAGGUUUCGGUGGGACAGUAGGAGGGAACUUUUUCAUAGAGUGAUUAGACAUGGGAAUGAGCUGCCCAGGGAGGUGCUGGAGUCACCGUCCCUGGGGGUGUUUAAGGCUGGAUGCGGCACUCAGUGCCACGCUCUAGUUGACAUGGUUUGCUCUUAGGCUGGAAUGGUUCGCUCUUAGGCUGGACUCGGUGAUGUUAGAAGGCUUUUCCAGCCUAAGUGCCUCUGUUGCUUUUUGCCAGAAUUUGAGAAGCUGGUGUCAAAGCCGCACGCCGGUGUGAGCAGGGCACACUUGGCAGUCUGAGGUGAUGGAGGGUGCAGCACGUGGGCCGCAGCGGGAAGGGCAGGAGGCGGGAGCGCGGCCGGUGCCCGGGACAGGAGGCGGGAGCGCGGCGGGA